AGAGUGCACUUUGGUGCCGGCAGUUCAGUGCAGCUUCGGUGACUGAAGAAGUCCAUGACCGUGAAAUGGCUUCCAAGAGCAUGAAGCAAUCGAAAUAUCUGCACUUGUUUUGCAAUUUCAAUUUCAAUUCCAAUCCUUUAACCCAUCAACGCUUUUCUCGCCUAGACAGCACCAGAGAGAAAAGCACCAUAGGUUUGAGGCAGCUCGUUAGAAGCUUCUCAACCACUGAACAUGUGAAUCUUGAUAAAUUACAGGUGGAGAGAGAAAUGGGAAUCAAGGUUAAAUCCCAGACAAGAACAAUGUUCUAUAAGCACAGCAUAAAUGGUGACGAUUGUAGCGAUGGAAAGAAGUCACCUAUUUUUUUUCUGAAUCCUAUUGAUACUCCUGAAUCAUGUUCACAAGCCACAGUUGAUGUUGACACACUCACCAGAACCAUCAAUGACCACCCUUUUCCAUUGCAACCCCUUCAACCCACACUCCUGCACCUCCUCCCUCCUUCCACCUUCUCCACUUCCCUUGUGGAAAACAUUCUUGGCCGCUUGUUUGCUUCACAUUCCAAUGGCCUCAAGGCCUUGGAGUUCUUCAACUACUCCCUCGUCCAUUCCCACUUCCCCCUAAGUCCUGCUUCACUCAACAUGACCCUCCACAUCCUCACAAGGAUGCGUUAUUUUGACAAAGCAUGGGUCCUGUUGCGAGAUAUUGCAAGAACCCACCCUUCUUUGCUCACCCUUAAAUCAAUGAGCAUUGUGCUCUCCAAAAUCGCCAAAUUCCAGUCCUUUGAAGACACCCUUGAUGGGUUUAGAAGGAUGGAGGAUGAGGUGUUUGUUGGCAGGGAGUUUGGCACUGAUGAAUUCAAUGUGCUUCUCAAAGCAUUUUGCACACAGAGGCAGAUGAAGGAGGCCAGGUCUGUGUUCGCGAAGCUGGUGCCACGGUUUAGUCCCAAUACUAAGUCCAUGAAUAUUCUGCUCUUGGGGUUCAAGGAAUCAGGUAAUGUUACUUCUGUUGAGCUUUUCUAUCAUGAAAUGGUCCGACGCGGUUUUAGUCCCGAUGGUGUGACCUUUAAUAUUAGGAUUGAUGCUUACUGUAAGAAGGGUUGUUUUGGUGAUGCUUUGAGACUUUUGGAGGAGAUGGAGAGGAGGAAUGUUGUCCCUACCAUUGAAACUAUAACUACUUUGAUUCAUGGAGCAGGGUUGGUUCGAAAUAAGGACAAGGCAUGGCAAUUGUUUAAGGAGAUCCCUUCAAGAAACAUGGUUGCCGAUGCCGGUGCUUAUAAUGCUUUGAUUACUGCUUUGGUUAGAACUAGAGAUAUUGAAUCUGCUUCUUCCUUGAUGGAUGAGAUGGUUGAGAAAUGCAUUGAGCUUGAUAGUGUAACUUACCAUACAAUGUUCUUGGGAUUGAUGAGGUCAAGAGGGAUUGAAGGUGUGAGUAAGCUUUACCAGAAGAUGACUCAGAGUAAUUUUGUUCCGAAAACAAGGACAGUUGUGAUGUUGAUGAAGUAUUUCUGUCAAAAUUAUCGACUUGAUUUAAGUGUAUGUUUAUGGAAGUACCUGGUGGAGAAAGGAUAUUGUCCCCAUGCUCAUGCUUUAGAUCUUUUGGUCACUGGAUUGUGCGCAAGGGGCUUGGUGCAUGAUGCUUUUGAGUGCUCCAAACAAAUGUUGGAGAGAGGAAGACAUAUGAGCAAUGCAUCAUUUCUGAUGUUGGAGAGGUUUUUGUUGCAGGCAAGUGACAUGGACAAGUUGAAGGAGCUUGACCAGAUGAUUAAAAAAUUGCAAACUGUCUUACCACCAUCUAGAGGACAUGCUACUGGACAAGUUGGUUAUGCUGUAAAUGGCAUGCAGUCAACCAAAGAAGCACGUGUUGAUGAUACAAUUUACCAUUCUCGAAGUCCCGUAGAGCCUCUUCCAGGCACAAUUUAAAUAUUAUGAGAUUGCAAUUAUGGAUUUAUGGUACUAUUCUUUUGCCUCAUUUUCCCAAUUGGAAUUGAUAUUGGUAUUGGCAUAUCAACCACUACCACGAAAGCAGUCCAAAGGAACUACUAGUUGAAGGGCUUCUGCUAUCAAUCAGCAUCUGCUGGGAUCCUCAUUUACACAGCACUUUUUGAUCUUCUUGCCACUGACUUUAUGAACACAAAAAUGCUAACGAGUUUUAGGCUGUUCAUUUGAACUAUCUAUUUUUUACGGAACCCUCUUGAUCAAACUAUUGGUUGGUAAACUUGAGUGAGCAUAAAAGUUAGUACAAUCAAGCAUAGUUAUUGUACAAUCUAAACACAGAACAAGUCACAACUUGUAAACCUUAAAUUGAAGAAUGAUAGUGAAGUUGUAGUGUGAUGCAUGGAUUAGUUAAAUGUCUAUGAUAAAUGUAAAUUUAGAUUAACA